GCGCCCUGCCCGCGAUGGCGGCGCCCGAGCCGCCGCCGCCCGAGGGCUGCAGGCCGCUGAGCGCUCUGCUGAGCGGCAUCGCCCAGGCCGCCUUCCACGGCACCGCCGGCAUCACCGAGGAGCUGCUGCGCGCCCAGCUCUAUCCCGAGGCAACGCCGGAGGAGUUCCGCGCCCUGCGCGCCAAGAUGGGCGGCCUGCUGCAGUCAAUUGCUUCAGCAGACAUGGAUUUGAAUCAGCUGGAAGCUUUCCUCACUGCCCAAACCAAAAAACAAGGUGGCAUCACAUCAGAUCAGGCUGCAGUCAUUGCAAAAUUUUGGAAGAACCACCGGACUCAAAUCCACGAGAGCCUGAUCAAUCAGAGCCGCUGGGAUAAUGUCCUGAAAAACAUGAACUGGAGAGUGGACCUGAAGGCACAGUUGAGGCACAUUGAUCAGAUAAACACUCCUGUUGCAAUAGUUGAAAUGGAACUGGGAAAAAAUGGGCAGGAAUCGGAGUUUCUCUGCCUGGAGUUUGAUGAGGCCAAGGUGAGCCAGAUGCUGAAGAAACUGUCAGAAAUAGAGGAGAGUAUGACUUUGUUGACUCAGACUACUUAAUCAAAUAAAGAGAUUGCAAUUUACAAAAAAAGUACCCUUGGUACAUUUUUGUAAAUCCUUUUUCGUAAAAAAACAUUUUCAGCACAUAAAAUAGGUGGUGCUGGUUAAAUCCAGAUUAUAACCCCAAGAAUGGGCUAAAUCACAUUGUGAAGCUUUCUCAUCCCCUCCUCCCAAUCUGUUUUCCAAGGCAGCAGCAACACUGUUUGCACAAAGCUUUGCAUAAUCAGGCCUUGGGGUGUAGCACAGCUUUCCUCUUUAUCUCCUCAGUCACUUCUGGAGUCUUCCACAUGCUGUGGAUGCUGGGCUGGAUGAACAGCAAAGGUAAAUUGGCCAGUUGUGGCAGAGGAGAAAUGAGCAGAAGAAACAGGCAGAUUAGGGGGAACUCAUGCUUAUGCUUUCAAACCAUGGACUUUAUAGGACAAAUCCACCUCUGUGAGCUCUGUCUGCUUGGAGUUAAAGCCCAGGAAAGCAGAUGAAGUGCAGGGAGUUCAGGGAGCAGAGGCACAAACACACCUCUCUGUAGCUGUGAGCUCCGUGCUGCUGAGGAUUCAGUGGUUCCCAAGGGCUGGCCAAGCUGGCUGCAGAAGCCAGGGGACAAUCAGGGGAGCAUCUCCUGGGCAAUGGGAGGCGCUGGUUUUCCAAAAGGAGCAGUCCUGCAUGUGCAGAGCACCUGAUCCAGCUCUUUGCUGGAUGGUGCCUUCAAAGGCAUUUCUGAUCUGCUUCCCCAAAGAUCAUCCAGCCUCAUCCCCUUCUGGCUCCUGGGCCAUAGUGGUGCAGCCCUGGCACGGAGCUGCAUGCUGUAUUUGAGGGGCCAGUGCUUUGUCAGAGCACAGCUGAACUUGGCUGCUCUCAGUCCUGCUUUUCAUGGCUUGGUUUGACCUGAGAAAGCCUCAGAUGGAACCCAUGGUUUCUAAGUGUGUGCAGCUCAGCUCGGAAUGUGGGUAAAGGAAAACGCCCUAAGGCAGCCCGAGGCCUUAUCAGUAAAAUACUUGUGUGAGUGAAGAAAUCUGCCAGAGGCAGGUCAGGGGCACAGGAUCUGCACUGCCUGGAUGGCUCCUGGCUGCUGCAGUGCCCACAUCUGUGCUGGAACACCCAGCUGCAAAACAACUGCUGCCCCUGCGCUGACAGUGGCUCCCAGAAGGGUUUCCAGUUCCCUGUGUUUCCCUUCAGGGCUGUGACCUUGCCAGCCUGGUCACAACAGGAUGUGCCACCACACUGAACUGGCUCAGCAGGAGCUGAGCCUGGGCAGGCCAGCAUUGGACAGAGCAGGAGGGAAGGAUCUCCUUCCAGCAGAGCUGCCUGGUGGUCCCUAUAAAGGUGACAAUGCUGGCUCCUGGUUUGCUCUGUCACUUGACUGGAAGGUGUGUACACACGUUUGGUUGGAGGCUACAUUGCUUCUUGCCAUUUUAUAUUUGCUUCAUAAGCAACCUCCUCCUGAGCUAAAAUUACAUUGAGGGCUUGUACCAAUAUAGAGAUGACAACAUGAAAUGUUCUCGUGCCAUAGCUAAAGCACUCCUCAUCGCUUCUCCUUGAGAAUUUAUUGCUUGUGGAGUUGCCAGAUUGCACUUGGACACGAAAUCUCUUCAGAGCAAGGGAAGGGCACCUUUUCCCAUCUGCCUGGUCAGAAGGGGAAACAUCCCUCCAGCCAAUUUGUGUCUCUGCACAGGGAAUUAACAUUCCCUUUGCCGUGCCUGUCCCACUGCUGCCUUUUCUCUUACAGCCUCCUGGCUCUGCCCUCUCGUCUCAUGGAGCCCCCAGCACCUCUGUUUCCCCAGCUGCCUUCAGCUGAUCCUUGUCAGAGGAGCUGGGCUGUAACCACAAACUGCUCCUCGUGCUGCUCCCUGAGUCACUGGCUGCAGCACUGCUGUGAAAUGAGUGCUUUGUGAUUCUCUGAGCUUUCUGUUGCCUUUUUCAACUCAGUUUGUUCAAGUGCUUUCUGUGGUUUAGGACUUUUUUUUUUUAAAUAUCAAGGUCAGGGAAGGAUCAUGAUCUUAAGUAGCUUGCACUGUGUCAAACAUACUUAUUGUUUUAUUUUAACAUGGUUAGAGGAUAGGAAAAUGUGCUAUAAAUGGAAAUUAAAGAGAAACAAACUGGGAACAGAUGUCAGGAAGUAUUAUUUCAUGCAAAGAAUAAUAAAUAUGUGGAAUGGCUAACAAGGCAAGGAGGCUGAGGCAAAAAGUCUAGGGGACAUUUAAGAAAUAAUUGGAUGCUUUCUUAGUUGAGGUCUGAAGUGGUAUGUUUUUAUGGCUGGAUGCUUCUCUCUCUUCCUAAUCUUCCCUCCCCUGGAUACCUAACCAUCCUCAUUUUCUUCUUGGUGGAUCUUUCUAAACUACCGUGCAAAACAAAAAAAAAAGAAAAAAAAAGCACUGAGUGUGUUGAGGACCACACUGCUCAGUCCUUGGUAGUCACUGGGCAGCAAAAUUCCUCCUCCUUCACCAGGUUUGAUGUGGCAGGGAAGGGGGUGCUGUGCUUCCCGAUGCUGUAAUCCUCAGCUGCUGCUGGGACACGAGGGCAGGUUUGCUCCUUGGCAGGGCUGUGCCUUCCUGCUGAGGUGGUUUCUGUGUGUGUGCAUCCACCUGCCCCUGCCCGCGGUGUUCCAGCCUGGUGGCCACUUCUGGCUGAGCCUGGAGGGGACAAGGCCUCCGGUGCCACUCUGCUUUGCUUCCUUGAGUGAAAGACACAAGCACCCAUGGCUUUUGUUGGGAUAUCACUUCCUAUCUGAGGUCCUGCUAAAUAUCUCUGUGGUGCUGGCACAUGACAGCUCCUGUUCAGGAGAGAUUUCAUAAAUCCUCCCCCCAAGUCCAGAUGUAAACCAGACUCAUCCUGAAUGCAUGGCCAGGCAAUUCCUGCAGUGGUCGCUGGAAUCCUGCACAGAUCCAGCUGAGCAGACGUCCCAGCACAGCCCUGUUGGCCCCUGAAGCCUCACCCAGCCUUGGACACCACUGUGGUUCCCGCCAUGGCCCCAGCUCCUGUGCCCAUCUGCUAAGCCAGGCCAGCAGUGUGGCACCAGGGCCAUCACCUCCUCCACCUCCUCUUCCUCUUCCUCCUCCAGGAAAGCAGGCAGGCGUCAUUUCACAGCAAGGGAACUGAGCGGCCCAGCACGGCCAGAGGGGGAAAGGGAGGGAGGGAGGGAGAAGCAGCUGGAAGAAGGGCCGAAGGAGGGAGUCCCCCUUGAGGGAGGCUUUCCUGCCCAUUCCUCAGAGGCAGCCAGGGCAGGAGCAGGGACCCAGCCACACAGCUCCUGCCAGGCUCCAGUGUCCUUGGGCUGAGGAAGCUGUCCCCGCAGCGGUGCCGCUGGUCUCGGCUUUGCUGGCAGACCCUGGGGUUGGGUUCGCACCGGGGGCUGGGUUCGAUCCAGCCUGUCCCGCGGCGGCUGCUGAGGCAGGGCCAGCCCCGGAGGCAGCGGCACUUGGCUGCUGCCCCGCUGUGAAAAAUGUGUAUUUUAUGAUUGGCUUUUUGCAAAUAUUAAAAUGAAUAUUAUAUGUGUUGUGUUAGAAAGUAAUGCUGUAUUAAUUCUCUUAAGUA